AAGGCCGACUCUCUGCCUCUCUCACAAGCACUCGCGAGAAAGUUUCACACAGAGAGAGAGAAAAACCAAGAAAGUUUCAGAGAGAUGGAGGGCUUCACUUGCGGAACAGAAUCUUGGGUUUCUUCCAUCCGAAAAAACCCAGAUGAGCAAACCCAUCAAUCACUACAAACCUCUUCUUCUUCUGAAAUCAUGCUAGGAAUUGGAGAAGAAGAAUGGCCGAAGCUGAACAGCUUGAAGAGCAAGAAGAAGAAAAAGAACCAGGUUUUGCUUGAAGGGUAUGUAGAGGCAGCCGAUGAGGAUGAUUUGUCGAGGACCAAGAGCUUGACGGAUGAGGAUCUUGACGAGCUCAAAGGGUGUUUGGAUCUGGGAUUUGGGUUCAGCUACGAAGAGAUUCCUGAGCUCUGUAACACCUUGCCUGCUCUUGAGCUUUGUUAUUCUAUGAGCCAGAAAUUCAUGGACGAAAACCAGAAGUCGCCGGAGAAUUCUCCGACCACAGUUGAUUCGUGCCCUUCGGUUUCAAGUCCAAUUGCCAAUUGGAAGAUCUCUAGUCCUGGUGACCAUCCUGAGGAUGUGAAAGCAAGGCUCAAAUACUGGGCACAGGCUGUGGCAUGCACCGUUAGGUUAUGCAACUGAGAAAAAUUAGGACUUUUUGGAUUAAUGCUUUAGAUGAAAAUUAAAAAAUGGAUGGGCAAUUUCCUUGAUUUGAAACAUCAUCAAAUAUGAACAGGUUAGACCUUCAUCGGGAGCUUGCGCUUCACUGGUUUAUUCUGUAAUGGCUCCUGUCAGGAAUGAUUGUUCCUGCAAUUCUAGAACCUGUUGAUGAUGGAUUUACUCUGAGGAAGAGAAAGAGGAUGAUGAAGAAGAAUAUUUCAGGUUUGAGAUGAACCAAAUACCCGAGACUUGACUUAACUGUUCGAAGGCUAAACCAUUGUAUUGUAUCCAGAAGAAUGAAAACAAUUCAUGAAUUCAAUAAACCAUUUUAUUUCUAGUCAA